CCAUGCUGAAAUUGCAUUGGAUCACCGGCUCUUCUUGAUGCCAUUCUGCUCUCCCAUCCCACCUGCAACGCGCAACGCGCAACGCGUAAGGUGCCUGUCCCUGUCACUCCACUCGUGCGACCGAAUUCCAAACAGCGCCGCCAGUUCACCCAUAGUUUUGUCUCUUAUAGCUCUGCUCUUGGACAGUACUCCGAUGGCGCCACGAAGGCGAUAUCUUGUGGGCAGGGUGUAUAGCGCCACCUCUGGUGGAUCUCACUGGGUCGGACGAGAUAAAGACGAGUCUUGUGAUCAAGCAGCGCUGAAGCCAUCCCACCUUACUUGAACUUCCGUCCAGGCCGUUCCAUUCGAUGCAGCCACUGCUCCGUCUUCCAUCAAUUGUGGUUGGUAUCGCACAUUAUCGACGCUAACAUUUGGACCCGCGAUACAUAUGAGCGAUUCGAAGUCGGACUUCAGCCACAGCGAUCGACGUCUCGGAUUUCCGCCCACGGC